AUGCGAGAGCAAGAAACUAAAGCCAAUUCACACAUAAGGUCAUUCAUUCAAUUGGCUGAAUCUUUAGAUCGUAUCCUAGUGAUAUCAAAUGUUGGCUCAUCAAGAUUCGCAGCAUCUUUACCACUUUCCCCAACUUUCUAUUAUGAUUUUAAUUUAUUGAAAAAAAUGUUUCCAAAUGCAAAAUUUGUUCCUCAAGAAGAAUACAAAUCAUGGAUUAAAAAGCAACCAAAUUAUAAAAAAAUUACUGCUGAACACAUUUUACUUACUGAAGAAAGGCCACAACAGCAAAAUAAACAAAAUAAACACUAUGAAAGCACGUACGAACCAAUUCCUUACGCAGAGCAUAUAAUUAAUGAAGCUUCAAAAAUUGCUAAUCGGCUUGAAUCAUCAUAUAUUGCGAUACAUUGGAGGAUGGAAGGAGCAUUGCAGGAGAAUCUACCAAAUUGUGCCAGAAAAUUAGUUAAAAAAAUACAAGGAAUAAGAAAAAACACUGGAAUAAAAAAUGUUUAUUUGGCAACUGAUGUUCCCAUAACUUGCGAGAAGAAUGGUAGUUUAAGUAUAAAUUUUCAGAGUGUUGAUAACAAAGCACAAUCUAGCACUUUUCAUAAUAUUACAUUUUAUCACAUUAAAGCAUUGGAAAUACUAAGCUCUGCAAUAGACAUCAAAACUUGGAAAUCUUUAAAUGCUUUUGAUUAUUUAAAAUAUAUUGGAAAAGAAAAGAAAAAUAAAAGAAAUCCUUUAGUUAAGGAAUUAAAUGGUCCAGGUGUACAAGGAAUAUUAGAUAAAUUAGUUUGUAUAAAUUCAAAUUAUUUCUUGAGUGGCCCAGAAGGUUGCUGUAGAGUACGAUCAAGUUAUACAAAACAAAUUGUAAGUUCAAGAAAUUCAGAUAAAUUUUGGUGGGAAAACAAAGAGAACAACUUGUUUACUGAUGAAGACAGAGUUACACUUAGAAAUACAACAUUUAGAGACAUUAUUAUACGUAAUUUGGAUGAUAUUUCUCGUCCAUCAAUUCCACUAAAUAUUUGGUCAGUUCAACCAACACAAAAAUUGUCUCAGUCAUCAAAAUAUCUUAAUCGUAUUGCUUUAUGGCCAACUUCAUAUGUUGUUAGUUACGACAUUGUUGAAAAAAAUAUUAAUUUCCAAGUUCAAAUUUUGACUACAGAUGGUAAUGCAUGGUUUGGAAUGGGAUUUGAUCCUGAUGAUACUGGAAUGACUGGAGCAGAUUUUGUAAUUGGAAUUAUUUCAAAUGGAAAUGUAUCUCUAUCAAACUAUCGAUCUGCUCCAACUGGUUACAACCCUCCUAUAAAAGAUGAUGACCAUUCAGAUUUAACAAUAAUUAAUGAUCCACCUCCCAUUGUAAAUAAUUUUGCAACUAUUGAAUUCUCAAGACCUUUGGUACCUAAUGGAAGAAAAGGGAUUAGAAGUGGACCUAUGAAAUUUGUUUUGGCUUAUAACCCAGGAAGUUCAGUACUUUCAUAUCAUCAAAAUAAUCGUCAAAUGACACUAUAUGAUUUUUAUAAUAAUAAAUUUUCACCAUCCAUAUCUAAUGGUCAAAGAUUAGCAAAAUUAGCUCAUGGACUUGGAAUGUUCCUAACUUGGUGGUAUGAUAUUGAUAUUAAAUACAUGUUAAAUAUUAAAGACAUUUGUCUCACAUUAUGA